AUGUAUAGGUGUAGGGUUGUCGCUUCUUCCUUUGUUCUUGAUGGAAAAAAUGAAGGAGAGGUUGGAGAAGAUGAAGAGGACAAUGAGACAACAGAGAGGAAAGCUUCAUAUCAUCAGACUUUGCAUCACUUUGCUUCUCUCUUCCGAUGA